AUGGAUGCCGAAUGGUGGUUCGAAAACUCCAACAAAAACACUCGAUUGGUUUUACUGUUCAAGAUCCACAAGAACCAUUUUUGGGUGGAUGUUGAACUGUGGUCAGCGCCUGACGGUACUCGACCAGGCCCACCUACACACCAGAAUAUCGCUAUCGGCCCAGACCAUCCUGAACAGUUCAAGCCGCUUGAAAAAAGGACACCCCUAUCGAUUACACAAGCACUCCGAGCCACAGGGGAUGCAGUCACAGUGGUCAAGGGUCCGGGUCCGGAUAUUAGUCUAGACUACGAGCUGCUCAUGUGGGAAGACCGACCACCUAGACAAGCAGAAAUCGUCAUUACGCCACGGAUACUGCAGGUGAUUUGUAAAGAAAUCUACUAA